AUGACGGAUAUCAGCGGUGCUGAAUAUGAAAUUGAUGUGGAGACUCUGGAGGCAGAGGGGGACGAUCAAGCGGGAUUCGCGACUCUCUCGAGCGCAGGGGAGGACGACGCGGGCUCCAAAGACGAUGAAAAACCGCUGCACGUAAAUAUGGGUACAGGGGAGCAGAGAAAACUCAGCAGGACCCCGAAGUGCGCUCGCUGCAGGAACCAUGGCGUGGUGUCCUGCCUGAAGGGCCACAAGAGAUUCUGUCGGUGGCGGGACUGUCAGUGCGCGAACUGUCUGCUUGUGGUGGAACGGCAGCGUGUUAUGGCUGCUCAGGUGGCGCUCAGGCGACAGCAAGCGACAGAGGAUAAAAAGGGUAUUUCAGGGAAACAGAUACCAGCAGAAAGACGUGCUAUGUAUCAGAGACACAUCCGACCUUCAACCAUGCUGGCUAAAAGUAUUCUUGAAGGCUACAGGCCAGUCCAGUCCGACCCCUUCAUGGGCAGUAGCCCCAAUCUGCCUCCUCCGCUGAGUGACCGCAUGCGGAAGAGACGGGCCUUUGCCGACAAGGAGCUGGAGACCAUCAUGCUGGAGCGUGAGUACAAGGAGCUUGAGUUGCUCGAGUCUGGCCAGGCCGCCACGGCCGCCGCGUCCCUUUUCCUGCCCGGUGCUAUGGUCCACGCCGCCGAGUACAACUCCUACAAGACGGCUUUCUCCUCAGCGACCCCCGACCCCGCAGCCCUGCCCCCGCCCAAGGACCUGUGCGGCUUCCUGCCCGGCUGCUUGGACCUGUCGGUGCAGUACGCCGGCUCGGGCAACGUGGAGCUCAUCUCGUCCAACGUCAGUGUGGCCACCACCUACCGGCAGUACCCGCUGACGCCGCGCUUUCUGGUGUGGCCUCGUGGCGGCGGAGGUGCCGGGAGCGGUGCUGGGGCUGUCGGCAGCGUAGGGGACGCCCUCCUCUACCAGCAGUGUCUCCUCAAUGCCACCGCCAUGCAGAACCUCAAGCCGGCCGCCGUGUGGGACCCCAAAAUGAUGCCGUUGUCCGAGAGCCACUCACCCGAGCUGGACUCGGUGACAUCCAAGCUGGAGGGCUCACGGGCAGCCACGGAGAUGAGUGAGCUGCAGCAGGGCCAACCAGUAGGAGGAGGAGGUGGAGGAAGAGAGGUCACCCAGGCUAGCCUCGCCCAGGUCCACAGGGAGUGCUCGGCCUUCUCCCCGCCAAAGAGGGGCUUCAGCCAGGUCUACCCAGGCGCAUCCCCGCCACCUCCGCCACCAGCCCACCACCACCACCACCACCACCACAACCACCAUGAGCACGUCCUCAACAAGCUGAACAAGCACAGCGCCAAGCAUGCCCUCACCAUGAAGCUCAACCCUUUCCACUCGCUCAUCCAGCAGACACUGAGUGAGAAGGCCAGCGGGGAGCUCCGGGGGCCCUGCUGCAAAGACCUGCUGGAGGAGGCCGCCAGGAAGUACCGGGAGAGCGCAGCCCUGGAGGAGCACGGCAGCUUCAAGGCGCACGAGAGACACGCCAAAGACUUCACGACCAAGCCUGUCGGGACCAAGGUCUCGUCCAGCGAAUCACUGUCGUUCUCGGUGGAGGCCAUCCUAAAGAGGCCCUCGCCGUCACUCAAUAGAACAUCUCAGUAA